UCUCCUUGUUUCUGUUAGUUAUUUUGGAUUGAUAGCGACAGGACCCUGAAAAAUGCUCAUUGGAAGCCCACAGUGUGUAAUUUUCAGAUGCAUAAUUGGUCUGUUGGAUCUUUCAAAAGAGGGACUCUGAAGAAGUUCUGCCCUCGGAUGGCUUGUUCUUUGUAAUGCGGUUUUCCGCAAUAAGCCACUGUGUAAUGCUGUGUAAUCUUAUCCAUGCUGCACUCUCAUAGUUCACACAAGACUGAUACCUUGCUUCCCUUCUCCUUUGUAUCAAUUGGUCGGAGUUCAGGCUAUUGUUGCUGGAAGGUUCUUUUAUUUCUAUGCACUGUCGAUCAACGAAAUCUCACGAUAGUCUCCUGGAGAAAUUCAGUGGAUUUUUGGAGAGGCUGACUAUUUGGAGAGAAGGGGAGUCAUGAUCACCUCUCAGUUUAAUCUACGCUGCUGGAACGUGUGGCUCCUUAUCAAUGCCUAUUGAUUUAGCAGAUCAGAAGAGAUAAAAGAGUAGAUCGGAACAGAUAAAGGCGACCAGGUUUCAUGGGCUGGAUCAGUGUGCUUUGCAACUAAGACAGCGGAAAGGAAGCCUUCUUUAAUGGGACCCCUUGUGUCACUUUUUCCUUUUUUGCCAAGACGACUAAAUACUUCGACCAUGCCACAAUGGUUAUAAUUGUGAUUUUGUUGUUGCUGGGUUUCUUGGAUCCCAGCAAGCAGGAAUCUGUGCCUCAGCGUUUGCCUAAGGGUCCAAAGAUUAUUUGUGCGAAAGGGCAGUUUUGUGAUUCCAGACUACGCAGAGAUGCAGGGGGACGUGGUGGGGUCUACGAACACCUCGGAGGAGCACCCAGGCGCAGAAAACUCUACUGCGCUACUAAGUAUCAUCUGCAGAUCCAUCCGAACGGGAAGAUCGACGGGACCCUGGAUAAAAAUAGCCCAUAUAGUAUCCUAGAGAUCACUGCCGUGGACGUUGGAAUUGUGGCUAUUAAAGGCUUAUUUUCAGGUCGAUAUCUUGCCAUGAACAAGAGAGGACGUCUUUAUGCUUCGGAUGUAUAUAAUCAAGAAUGUGAGUUUGUAGAAAGAAUUCACGAACUGGGAUAUAACACGUACGCAUCCCGCUCUUACCGAACUGUACCGAACUCAGCUGGAGGCAAACGAAGAGCAAGCGCUGAGAGACUGUGGUACGUGUCAAUUAACGGAAAAGGGCGGCCACGGAGAGGAUUCAAAACACGAAGAACUCAAAAAUCAUCCCUGUUUCUGCCCAGAGUCUUGGAUAAUAAGGACCAUGAUAUGGUGCGGCUUUUUCACACGAACUCCAAAUACAGGGAGAGCAUUCUUAGGCCCGCAAGUAGACAUGAAAGGAGCAGACGCGGACAUUAGAAAGAAACUCUUAGUAGGAAAUGAAGAGAUGAAAACUAACACCACAGACUGCUUCAAAUCAAUGUGAUGAAAAUCAACACUGUUGGAUUGGAUGUUCUACUGUUACAACAAAAGAUUACUCGCUCUGCGGAGCUGACAGGAUUAUUGUACUCGUUUAAAUACGUCUUAUUAUUGUAUAUAUAAAUAUUUCUGUAUAUAUGGUUAAAAUAGUUUUAUACAAUUCCUGUCUGUCCCUGGAUGAGCAUUGUGUAGAUACUGGUUCCUCUCGAUCUUUGCAUAGAUACUGCCCGCGAUGCUGUACAUUCUAAACAGUGUCAGUCAAAGAGAAUAUAGAGAAGUAUGUAACUGAGCACUUUUACCGUUUUCCGAAAGCAAUAUUUGCUGAGCAAAUUCAGAUUUGUUGUAUAAUUGUUACUUGUAAUGUGAUAGCCUACUGUUUAAAACUUGCAAAAGGAGUUUCUCUGUUACUAAUGUUAUCUUAUUUAUUUAGUUUCAGUAUGUGACAAAUUGUUAGCCGCAGAACUUGGAAAAAAAAAAGCAAGAUCAAAACUGUUUUCCUUCUUUUUUUCUUAAAUACAGCAAAGUUGUAUUUUAAUGCAGCUAAAUUCAAAAUUUCAAAACCUUUAAAGAAACCAUUUGUCUUUUGUCGUCCUUUACACCUCUUUUGAUUUUUGUCAUCAGUGAUUGAUCUCGGUGCAAGAACAAAAUGUGCAACUUUUUUGUUUACGUGACUGGUUAUUAUGUGCUCAAUCACGAAAAAUGCCACAGCUUGUUUAAUUUGAUUUUAGUUGAAUUUAAAUGGUAUGGCUAAACAAGUGCAGCAGAAGUGCGGGCGGUUCAUUGACACCAACAAAGGACCUUGCAGUAACAUUUGACAACGUCAUUGACAUUUAAAUAAGAAAAACGGGCGUAUUUGAAUGACGGGGCAGACGUCACUCAAAAAUCCAGUCUGAAAUAUUCUUAAAAAUAUUACUACUCUUUAAGGCAAAUUCAAGAAGAGUUAGUCCCUUCUAAAAGUAUGAGCUGAAACACUUUAUGCAGAAAGGAACAGAUAGCCUGGUUGUUUUAUUCACUUUCUUCCACUGAUCUAUGUAUCGAUCUCAUGUAGCUGAAGCUGAUGGGUCGACUCGGCUGUCACAGUCAGCCCUUGUAAAGCUGAUUCACGCACACGAGCUCUUCAAAUCAAAGUGGAUAUUGUAGCUGACAGCCACAUCAAAUUUGUUACUCCUUUAAAGCUUGAAAUUUGGAAGUUCUAAUAAUAAACACAAAGGACGCUGCCUUUAAAGGAAGCUGCACGCUUUCGUAUUGAGACUCCUUAUUACGCCUUCAGUACAGCCAUCUAUUCUUCGAUUGUUGCACCCGCUUAAUCCAACUAUAAAUCUUUAACAGGAAGACGACUGGACUGCAGAGGACAACCUCACAACACAACUUAGCAAAUGAUUUGAAGAUCUCCAAUUUCAUGGACAUUUUAUCCAUCUCAAAUCUAGUGACAUAUUCAGUGACUAUUUUCACAUCGGCUUGAUUAAAAAAAACAAAA